ACUUAAAAAGUGAAGGGAGGAGAUAUCGAGACUGAAGAGCAUUUCAGAGAGCAGGUUCAACUAAGAAGAACAGUAAAAACACAGUCAGAAAUGGCCUGGUCUGUUGCAAAAUCCUUCUCUGCACCAGCAAUUGACUUUAGAGCAAUACGAUCUAAGGCUCCUCUUGCUGCUAGUUUUGGUUGUGCAUCAUUUGCAAGCUCAAACUUAUGGAGUUGUUCGUCAAAAACUAGGUCAAAAACCUUUGCUUCGUUAAGUGCUUCUUUAACUGAUACCAGUAAGAAGGAAGCAGUUCAAACAGAGAAGGCACCAGCGGCAUUAGGACCAUAUUCUCAAGCUAUCAAAGAUAAUAAUCUUCUUUUUGUAUCUGGCUGUUUGGGGCUUGUUCCCGAGACUGUAAAAUUCAUUUCAGAUGGGGUAGAGGAGCAAACAGAACAGGUGCUCAAGAAUAUGGGAGAAAUAUUAAAAGCUAGUGGUGCAAGCUAUUCAUCAGUUGUUAAGACCACAAUCAUGUUGGCUGACUUGAAGGACUUCAAGAAAGUGAACGAUGUGUAUGCAAAAUAUUUUCCUGCACCAGCACCUGCUCGUUCAACAUACCAGGUUGCAGCUCUACCUUUGGAUGCUAAGGUGGAGAUCGAGUGCAUUGCUGCACUCUGAUUUUGGUUUUGUUCUACCACAUCAACCAUCAAAAUAAGGCUUCAAUGAGCAGUCAGUCACGAUCUUAUAAUCAAGUGUAUCCAAGACCAUUGAGUUUUUUUUUGUUUCGACUGACCUCAACCUUCGACAGAGUAUCAUGAGCUUGGUCUUUUGGUUUGUGUUUGUACUGUCUCCGGGACAGAAAUUUACUGAUGAGAUUAAUGGAAUCAAAUUAAACUCUUUAUUCUUAGCUGAUUAAGCUCUUUUUUGGUAUGAAACUCCUAUUAAGUCU